GAUGCCUUCAUUUACACAACCCAGCGCAAAAUGGCAAUUCUUUUCUCUAAAAUUUUGCGCCAUGCUACAGCGACAACGGGACAUGGAAAGCUAUUAUUUUCUCUUUUAACACCGCAUACCACACUCGUCAACAACAUAGUAGCGAAACAGGCUACUGUACCAGGUUCCGAGGGUUACUUUACGGUAACAAAGGGCCAUGCUGCAAUGUUAACUGUACUCAAGCCAGGAGUAGUAUCUGUGGUAGCUGAAGAAACUGGUGAAGUGUCUAAAUACUUUUUGUCCUCUGGGUUUUUCAAAAUAGCGCACGUUGACGGCAACAGUGUUGCCGAGGUAUCAGGCGUGGAAGCCGUGCCUUUGGAUCAUCUGGACAAAGAGAGAACUACACAAGUGCUUCAGGAAUUGCUAGCAGAAGGACACGGAUCUAACGACCCUUGGAUCAAAGCAAAAACAAUGCUUGGGCAGGAUCUUUGCGCCUCCAUUCUUAAGGCGGUAUAAUCGCACUGUUACAAGUUUUGACGAUGGAGUGACUCGGCUUGUUGUGAAUUGCCCUGAAAAUCUAUUAACAGAAGAACGAAAAAGAGUUGUGUGGACAUGUUAUCCAGCGAUGUAAAUUACAUACCUUGAGACAUAACUUAGGGUCAGCGAGAAGACGAUAGGCAGGUGAUAUGUUCGGUUGAUUACCCGUUAUUUUUGCCAAAAGUGCAGCCUUUUCCUCUGGAGUUUUAACAUCAUCAUCAGCCUUCUUAACUGUAGUACUUGGAGCUGGUGACUCUACUGCAGUUUUAACACCGCAAACAUCUGGGUCGGCAGCUGGUAUCUUGACUACACCUUCC